AGAGCGCCAGCACGGGUCCACGUCUCGGGGUGCCGGGACUCCAGGAUACCCGGGCCCUCUGCUCAGCCCCAAACCUCCCUUUCCCGGCCUGAGCCGCCCACCGCCGUGGGAACUACCUCCCACUCUCCGAUGCUGGUCCGCAUCCUAGGAGCGGCCCGACACCCGCCCCACCUCGGCAUGUCCCCUCGACCGUGGGACGGUGUGCAUGCGACCGGGGAAGCUCGGUGCCCCCACGGACACCGGGACAGGGAGCCCAGCGGAGGCGCCCUCCCGAGGCACUACUGCCCAUGCUGACUACCCGGGCCUCCGGCUGCCGAUGUCAUGAGUAACACUACAGUGCCCAAUGCCCCUCAGGCCAACAGUGACUCCAUGGUGGGCUAUGUGUUGGGGCCUUUCUUCCUCAUCACCCUGGUCGGGGUGGUGGUGGCUGUGGUAAUGUAUGUCCAGAAGAAAAAGCGAGCGGACCGGCUUCGCCAUCACCUGCUCCCCAUGUACAGCUACGACCCCGCCGAGGAGCUGCAUGAGGCUGAGCAGGAGCUGCUCUCGGAUGUGGGGGACCCCAAGGUGGUACAUGGCUGGCAGAGUGGCUACCAGCACAAGCGGAUGCCCCUGCUGGAUGUCAAGACCUAACCUGAGCCCCCCGCCCUGCUCCCCAGAACCAUGGGGUCUUGGGAGAGCCCGGGGCCUACAGCCUGCGGCUUCCUUCCCCACUUGCACUCACCCGGCUCCCCCUGCUGGGAACUGGGUCUCCUCUCCUCCCAUCUGUCCCUGGCAGCGCCUCGCUCCCCUGGCCAGGCCUUCAGUCCUUGGUAGGCCCAGCCUUCCACCGCUCCCCCUGGGCUCAGAGUUUCUCCUGCCCGGUUGGAAGGGUGGUUGGAGACAUUUUCCUGGGCACCACCUCUCUUGAGCCCUCCCUAACCUGGCUUUGGAUUUCUUUCCAUGGUGACAGGGCCUAAUGUAUAGUAUUCAGUAUAUAUAUUUUGUAAAUAAACUGUUUUGUGGCUA